AUGGCCAGCCCAGAUGAAGAGGAUGUGAGUGGACUCGCCGCUCUGUGGUUGCAAUCGUCUGCCAUUCGCAAAGGCUCUAUGCAACGCAAGUCCCUGCUGCAGUGGCAGGAUCCGAAGAAGAGCGGCCACAUAAAUUUUGAGUCCUUGGUUCUGAAUGCCAAGGUCAUUGAGGUUUGUGUGCACUAUUGGUGCCCCAAAACUGACGGCGUCCCCAAAACCAUGAACAUCGAUGAUCUGAAAUUUGAGGUCCGGCAGUUUCGAGCAGAUCUGAACCUUUCAACGCGACCGGCCCUAGUGCACUGUGAGGCAGGUGCCCUGAAGGCCUUUAUGUCCCUGAUUGUGCGGCGGCAUUACACCGUCCGUCACCGGGUGGCUCAACUAAAGAAAUUGACAUGUUUGUUGAUCUUUUUUGGGGGGGAUGUUUGGGGCACAGAAUGCUUGAGAGCUCCUCUUGUCUCAUAUGUCGUGGCAUCAAGUCUCAGGACUUGGUUCUCCGCCGGAUCUUCGACCAAGUUUCCCAGUACUGGGCCCCCAAGCCCAAGUCCAGGAAGUCUUUGGAUGAGACGAAUGAGACUGCGGAUGAUGAGCCUGCGGGCGAGGAAUGUGAGGUGA